AUGCGAAACAUAUGCAAGAAUCUUCUUCAACCGUAUUUCGGUGUAAAUGGACCAUCCUUUAGAAUGUUUAUGCAAAGCAGUUUGCAGCUUCUUGUGUCAUGCUAUCACCCCCUUCGACGCAUUGAAUACUAUCAGUACGCUGAUAUUCUAAUAUAUCCGAGAUUCAAUUUUGUAUUUUGUAAAGGAAAUUGUCAAUGGAUGGUAAUGUUGCCAUAUAUAGAGAUAUGUGAUAGGAAAGUUGAAGGACAUGAAAUGAUACAAAUUUAUAUUUCAUAUUCUAAAGUAGUACCAAUAACAGCGUCACAUUUCAUUUCAUCCUCAGUUUUUGGCUUCUCGCAUUUACACAUAAUCUCAUCUCAUUCUAACUAUACAUGGAUAGAGUAUGCUUAA